UGACAUCACCCCCCUCCGCUCCUUAGCUUCGCAGCAAUCUCUCUCCUCCACACAUGCAAUAGUGGCCGUACGCGCUGCAGCUCCAACUUCUUGACGCUAAUUUACUGGGGGCUGGACGAAAAAAAAAAAAACCAUUCUGCACGAUGAACAACAGCUUCCUGAAUAUGGCGUCCAUAGGCGACUUCGACCCGCUCAGCGCCAAUAUCCCUGCCACGAAAGUUGAAAUCACAGUGUCGUGCAGAAAUCUGUUGGACAUGGACACGUUUUCCAAAUCUGACCCAAUCUGUGUGCUGUAUACCCAAGGAAUCGGCAGCAAGGAAUGGAGGGAGUUUGGGAGAACUGAAGUCAUCGACAACACCUUGAACCCUGACUUUGUGCGCAAAUUCAUGCUGGACUAUUUCUUCGAGGAGAGGCAGAAUCUGCGCUUUGAUCUGUACGAUGUCGACUCCAAGAGCGCCAACCUGUCCAAACACGACUUCCUGGGCCAGGCCUUCUGCACCCUCGGGGAGGUGGUGGGGUCUCUGGGGAGCCGGCUGGAAAAGCCCCUGGUGGGGAUUCCCGGGAAGAGAUGCGGCACCAUCAUCGUGAAAGCUGAAGAAGUGGGAAACUGCAGGGAGUCGGUGAUGAUGCAGUUCUGCGGGAACAAGCUGGACAAGAAGGACUUCUUCGGGAAGUCGGACCCCUUCCUGGUCUUCUACCGGAGCAACGAGGAUGGGACGUUCACAAUCUGCCACAAGACCGAGGUGGUGAAGAACACUCUGAACCCCGUGUGGCAGGCCUUCAAGAUCCCCGUGAGAGCGCUCUGCAACGGAGACUACGACAGAACUAUCAAGGUCGAGGUGUACGACUGGGACAGAGACGGCAGCCACGACUUCAUCGGAGAGUUCACCACCAGCUACAGAGAGCUGUCCCGGGGUCAGUCCCAGUUCAACGUGUAUGAGGUGUUAAAUCCCAAGAAGAAAGCGAAGAAGAAAAAAUACCUGAAUUCUGGAACGGUAACACUUCUGUCUUUCCUUGUUGACACUGAGGUCACCUUCCUGGACUACAUCAAAGGCGGAACACAGAUUAAUUUCACCGUGGCGAUUGAUUUCACUGCAUCCAAUGGUAACCCGUCCCAGCCCACGUCCCUGCACUACAUGAAUCCGUACCAGCUGAACGCCUACGCCAUGGCGCUGAAGGCCGUGGGCGAGAUCAUCCAGGACUACGACAGCGACAAGAUGUUCCCUGCGCUGGGCUUCGGCGCCAAGCUGCCCCCCGACGGCAGGGUGUCGCACGAGUUCGCCCUGAAUGGAAACCCUCAGAACCCUUACUGCACCGGGAUUGACGGGGUGAUGGAGGCCUACUACCAGAGCCUCAAAUCUGUCCACCUGUACGGCCCCACCAACUUCUCACCCGUCAUCAACCACGUGGCCAGAUAUGCCGCGUCAGUGAAAGACGGCUCACAGUACUUCAUCCUCCUCAUCAUCACUGACGGGGUGAUCUCAGAUAUGGCACAGACCAAGGAGUCCAUCGUCAAUGCUGCCUGCCUUCCCAUGUCAAUCAUAAUUGUGGGCGUUGGACCUGCCGAGUUUGACGCCAUGAUCGAGCUGGACGGGGAUGAGGUCAGGAUUUCGUCAAGAGGACGAUACGCAGAGAGGGACAUCGUCCAGUUUGUCCCGUUCCGGGACUAUGUGGACCGGACCGGGAACCAUAUCCUCAGCAUGGCCCGGCUGGCCAAGGACGUCCUGGCCGAAAUCCCCGACCAGUUCCUGUCUUACAUGAGGACCAGAGGGAUCAAACCGCUGCCGGCGCCGCCUCCCUACACCCCACCGGGACACUCCCUGCAGACGCAGAUCUGACGGACGCCCCCCCCUCCCCCCCGGAGCACACACACAAACACACACGAGCAUGCACACACACUUCUUUGGAGUGGAGUCCGGGGGGGGUGGGGGUAGGCUCCUCCUCCCCCCACUCCUGUCUUGUUGCACUAUGGAGACUCUGAGCGGGUGGAGCCUUUAAGGCAUUUUUGCUUCCAUUUAAAGCGUUCCCCUGUCGGGACUCUCGCCGCCAGAGCUGGGCAGGUCCUCCUGUACGCCUUCGGAAAGCGACGCGCCGGGGCGAUCGCGGGCCCUCCCUGGCGAAGGAGGGGGGGGCCCGCAGGGGAGGGACAGUUCCAGGGGGCCCAGUCUUACCAACAGCAGCAGUAGGAAAUGGCUCAAAACACCUCCAGUACCAGAAUCCCUCGGCUGUUGUAAAUAACUUCCGAAAUGUGUCUCCUCUCUCUCUCUCUCUCUCUUUCUCUCUUUCUCCCUCUCUCUUUGUCUUUCUGUCC